AUGCAAGUUGUACACGCUACACACCCCUUUUUAUACCAAUGUGUCUAUUAGCUUCCAAUUACACACAACGUAAAGAAACUUGCAAACAUACAUACAUACAUACAUCUCUCUCUCUCCCAACUGCCUCUCUCACUAUAUAUAUCUAUUUGUUUUUGUCUCUCUAUAUUGAAUUUCUGAUAUGGGUUAUGUUUUGACCAUCGUAUUUUGUUUUCCUCUCUUCUAUCUCUUCUGCAUUCUCCUCAACUUUCUUGAAAAAAGAAGGCAUCAAAACUGUUACAUACUCGAUUACCAGCUCUACAAACCUUCGGAUGACAGGAAACUAAGCACUGAGUUUUCCGGCGACAUUAUCAAGAGGAACACGAACUUGGGUCUUAACGAGUAUAAGUUCCUUCUGAAAGCCAUCGUAAGUUCCGGCAUUGGAGAAGAAACCUACGCCCCAAAAAUGAUGUUUGAAGGACGUGAAGAAAACCCUACUCAUGAUGAUGCGAUCGACGAGAUGGAAGAGAUUUUCAUAAAUAGUAUCGGAAAACUCCUCGAGCGUACCGGCGUUCAGCCGGAUAGUAUCGAUGUUCUGGUGGUCAACGUCUCGAUGUUGACCUGCAUGCCGUCGUUAUCCGCUCGAAUCGUGAACCGAUACAAAAUGAGACAUGAUGUGAAAACGUACAAUUUGUCCGGGAUGGGGUGUAGUGCGAGUUUAAUCUCGAUAAAUCUCGUUCAAAGUAUUUUUAAGUCGAAGAGAAAUCAAUUGGCGAUGGUGGUGACAUCCGAAUGUUUAACUCCGAAUUGGUAUUCCGGUAACGACAGGUCGAUGAUACUAUCGAAUUGCUUGUUUAGGUCAGGUGGGUGCGCCAUGAUCUUAACAAACAAACCGAGUCUGGUUCACAGGUCCAUGUUCAAGCUCAAGGUUUUGGUUCGAACCCACCAUGGUUCUAAAGAUGAAGCUUAUGGCUGCUGUUUACAAACAGAAGACGCUCAAGGUCGAGUCGGGUUUCACCUCGGUAAAACCCUACCAAAAACAGCCACCCGAGCCUUCGUCGAUAACCUAAAAGAAAUCGCACCAAAGAUCCUCCCACUGCGGGAACUCCUCCGUUUCGCCGCCCUCUCAUUUGCCCGGAAAACUCUCCAAAACGUCUUCGGAAAGUCAUUCUACGCGACUCGACCCAUGAUCAACUUCAAAACCGGCAUAGACCAUUUCUGUCUGCACACCGGAGGUAAAGCCGUGAUCGACGCCGUCGCUCAGAGCCUGAACCUCAGCCAAUUUGACAUAGAACCAGCACGUAUGACACUCCACCGGUUUGGAAACACGUCGGCGAGUAGUCUCUGGUAUGUUCUCGGCUACAUGGAGACGAAGAAGAGGCUGAAGAAAGGUGAUAAACUGUUCAUGAUCAGCUUCGGAGCCGGGUUCAAGUGCAACAGUUGCUUAUGGGAAGUGGUGCGAGAUCUUGAAGGUGAAGGGAAUGUAUGGAAAGACUGUAACAUCGAAAGCUACCCACCGCUGACCUUAGAGAACCCUUUCAUGGCGAAAUACGGUUGGCUUCACGACGUCGACGACAUCUCAACGCUCAACAUUCAAGAAUGAAAACGAAAGAAAAAAAAAAAAGUAAAAAGAAAAAGGUCAAUUUUUAUUUCCAUUAAAAUGAUUGUUUUAUUUAUAGCAAUAAUACUUAAAUGUUUUCAUGUUUAUAGUAGUUGAGUUGUGUGUGUAUUUAUUUUGGUUGUUGUGCGUUUUCUAUUUUACAAUGGAAUAGCGACACAAAAAAUGUUUUUUUUUUCUUAUUACAAAAGACCCGAAAACCAUACGUUAUAUGCA